UUCGUUGCUGAUAACCCCGUUCGGCUGGGCUGUUGGUAUGAAAACACAGAUCGUCCAUCGGAAAUGCGUAAAAUGUCUAGAAAAAUUGGCGUCAUCAUGUGUGUAUUGAGCACGGCCAUGGUCGUCUUCUACUGCGUCACCGAUAGAGCCUCGCUCUGGAUCGACAAACCGUCGACGAAAAAUACCGUUGAUGAAAAACAGAGAGCCGUCACCAGUUAUAAACAAAACGGCGAGUUCGGAGUAAACACUAAAGGGGAGCGACGGAAGAAUAAUGCAAACAUUAAAGUUGAAAUAAUAAUGUUUAAAAAGACCAAUGGUACAGAGCUCCAAUACGUGCUGCCGGAUGCGACAUUCCGAACAUUUGAUUUUCACGAUCCCGGACAAGUUGCUCUAUUUCAACGGAAAGCAAUUGAGGCAAGGUAUUAUUCCCUGCCGAAAACAAAAGUAAAUCAUAUUGACCACAAGCUGAUCAUUACUGGUAGACACAUUUGUGAUUUGGAAUCGCCAUAUUUGUUAAUUGUAGUACCAUCGGUUCCAAGCCACGCCGAUAUUAGGGAGGUCAUACGGAGCACAAUUGGGUCGUUUGGGAAGUACAGAGACCAAACAGUACACGGUCUGAAUAUCGCGGUUCCGUUUUCUGUGAAAUUGGUGUUCGUUUUAGGGAGAAAUGGAGACGCGCUCACUGAUCUCGCCGUCCGCAAUGAAAGUCACUCCUAUGGUGACAUUUUACAGGCGGAUUUUGUGGAGUCGUAUUAUAACUUAACGAGAAAAAUGUUGGUGACGCUCAAGUGGGUAUCUGUUUACUGCAGUGAGAUCGACUAUAUGUUAAAACUAGAUGAAGACGUGUUCGUUAACAUUCCAGUCCUAGUGCACUACUUAAGGACAUUCAGGUAUACAACCAAGGGUUCUAUUCACGGCCACAUUAACUGGGAAUCUCCGGUCCGACGCCUAGGCAAAUGGGCUGUUAAAUGGAGCGAGUUUCCACUGACUCAGUAUCCCAACUAUGCAGUUGGUAACUCAUACGUCAUUUCCGGCAACAUAAUUCCGAGGAUGUUCAGAGCGUCCGAAUAUUUGCCGUACAUGCCGAUAGAGGACGCUUUUGUGACAGGAAUUCUGGGUAAAAUUGUUGAGGCUGAGAAAGUGCACAAUGACGGUUUCACAUACUGGCUUGACAGUAAACCUGUUCCAUGUGCGUUUGCAGCAUCCGGAAAAAUAUCCGCAACGAAAGUAUCUUCUUCCCUUAUGAAGGAUUUAUGGAAUGCUUGUAUAUCUUUUCAAAAUUUUUGUUAACGGUUAUUUUGUAUCUUGCAUAUCAAAACAUUCCGUUUUGAAAUAUGUCCUAUUAAAGCUCUUCCAUUUA